AUUAUUUUUUAUAAAACAAAGUUUUCUUUUGUAGGAUUCUAAGACGAUCAAAGAUGGCAAAAUGGAGUGCAAUAUUAGUGAUACUGAUGGUGGUGAUUGCUGCGUUGGCAGUAGAAGCAAAAUGGAGUGAAAAAGAUUCUAGUGAUGACGACCAAUGUUAUCGCGAGUGUAUAAAGUCUUGCAGGAAACACGACGACGGCGAUUGCUUUGAAAUGUGCAGAGCGAUGUGCCCAAUUACCGCUCACCAUAGUUCAUCACGAAUCCCACAUGGGAUGGAAUCAGUGGAAGUUGGCGGAAGGAGAAAAUGAUAGAUAUAUAUACAUUUUCGUCGUAGAUUUGUUGAUCAUGUCUACCACUUUUUAAGUUUUAUAUUUAUGUUAAAAAUAUAAUAAAUAAUAUUGAAG